GUUGGAGCAGAACGUCGCGUAUCAUUCGAUCACGGUCGUGAAGGUUCGAUAGCUGAAGAUUGCUUUUUUAGUAUGAUUGCAUUCAGAGAUGGAUAUACAUUCGAUUUCAUCGAAGGAGAAAUGCUCGAAAAAAGUCCUUUUACAUUUUGGGAUUUUUUGCAACAGCGAAAACGAUGGCUACAAGGCAUCUACUUGACUGUACACGCUAAGCAGAUCCCUGCAAAGAACAAAAUCUUACUUGGAUUAUCGUUCUAUGCUUGGGUUUCAAUGCCAGUAACAACACUUCAAAUGUAUCUCUUUCAUGCAUUUCCAUUACCGCCAUGCUUUCUCUUCGAUUUUCUGGUCGCAUUCGUUGCAGCCGUUAAUCUCUACAUGUACAUCUACGGUGUUGUCAAGAGCUUCUCACACAAGCAUAGGUUCAUUUUUUGGCACAUUGUUUUUGCUGAAAUUUGUUUAUUUUUUCUAUAA